AUGACUAGACGCGCUGUCACAUCUAUUUCAAAGGUUGGAAGCAAUCUCGAUAAUUCUGUUGAUAGUGACCUUCCCCAAGCCGGUCCGGAUGGUAACCCCCCAACGAACGAGGAACCAGACAAUGACCUUGAAAGGGUCGCUGGGGAAGCUGCGCGUGGAGCAACCACAGACGUCGAUGCACAUGAAGAUUCCGAAGAUGAUGGUCAAGAUUCAGAAGGAGAAUUCGGUGUCGAAGCAAUCUGUGGUCACCGGUUUGUCCGUGGUACAGUCUACUAUGAGACAAAAUGGCAAGGAUGUCCAGAUAAAGAAAACACAGAAGAGCUAGAGUCAAGCCUGAUGCUGUACGCUCCCAAAAUCAUACAACAAUAUCAUACCAGUAUCGGUGGAGUUGACGAGAAUGCACUCGAAAAGUCAAAGUCGAAACAAUCAAAGCGUUUCAGAUCCGAGGCAAAGGGGUACCAGGCUCCAGUGUUGAAACGACAGAAGACGAAGAACCUGGCUCCUGCUUCAUCCACCUGGCGGGAAGAAGCGGCGUGGAUGCCGUUGAAGGAAGACUGGGAGCCGCAAGUAGUCAAAGUGGAAGCAGUGGAGAGAGAUGAAUCCGGGAAACUGCUCGCCUAUAUACUCUUCGAGAAUGGUGAGCAGACAUGUGUCGGUAUGGAUAAGGUCCAUCGACACUGUCCCCGGUCAAUGCUGAGAUUCUACGAAGAGCACCUCAGGUUUGGACUGAGGGAUGUGGAAUCUUGA